UUUUCUCCAGUUUGAGCGGGGGUGUCGGGAGCAGGCGGAGAGCUUUCCUGGGAGGCUGGGGAAGCGGUGAACACUCUUCUCAGCGACUCGCCUCCCAGCAGUGCUAUUUUUUGCCAUCCGCCCUCACCCCCAGCACAUACGCGCGCGCGCGCACACACGCGCGCGCGCACACACACACACACACAAGCGCACACACACGCACGCACGCACACACACACAGAGACCUCUCUGGAUUUCUUAGCCUUGAGUCUCCUGGGGCUGUGAGGAGCCAGAAGCAUCUCAAACCGAGCUGGUAGCUCCAGGCACCAGGAGCCAUGCCCUGCACAGACCCUCAUCUAUACCAAGCUCGCUAGGAAUGAAAGGAAUCCGGGGACCCUCAGAAGGCAGCAGUGAUGUGGACCAACCCUCUGGAGUCUGCACCCUUCCGAGGGCCAUAAGUAAACCAGGGAACUGGAGGGAGCUCCAGCCAGGAAACCCCAGUUCUCUCAAAGUCUCCGUGGAUGCUGACAAAAGGAGAUCAGGAUUGCUGGAAGAGCCUGCCCUAGGUUACCCAGCUGCAGAGUGAUUUUUCUCCUCUGGCACUGACCACCACCCCCAACUCCCAGCCGUCCAGAAUACCAUGAAGAAUUAUGAGGAUGUGUGACAGAGGUAUCCAGAUGUUGAUCACCACUGUGGGAGCCUUUGCAGCUUUUAGUUUAAUGACCAUUGCAGUGGGCACGGACUACUGGUUAUAUUCCAGAGGUGUGUGCAGGACUAAAUCUACAAGUGAUAAUGAAACCAGCAGGAAGAAUGAAGAAGUAAUGACCCAUUCAGGGCUGUGGAGGACCUGCUGCCUAGAAGGGGCUUUCCGUGGAGUAUGCAAGAAAAUUGAUCACUUCCCUGAAGAUGCUGACUAUGAACAGGACACAGCAGAAUAUUUACUGAGGGCUGUGAGGGCCUCCAGUGUGUUCCCCAUCCUCAGCGUCACACUGCUGUUCUUCGGUGGACUCUGCGUGGCAGCCAGUGAGUUCCACCGCAGCAGACACAACGUCAUUCUCAGCGCGGGUAUCUUUUUUGUUUCUGCAGGGUUAAGCAACAUCAUCGGCAUCAUAGUUUAUAUCUCUGCAAACGCCGGAGACCCUGGGCAGCGGGAUUCCAAAAAAAGCUACUCUUACGGCUGGUCCUUUUACUUCGGAGCUUUCUCCUUCAUCAUCGCCGAGAUCGUGGGGGUCGUGGCCGUCCACAUCUAUAUCGAGAAGCAUCAACAGCUGCGCGCCAAAUCGCACUCGGAGCUCCUGAAGAGAUCCAGCUUUGCCCGCCUCCCCCCCUAUAGAUACAGAUUCCGGAGGCGGUCCAGUUCGCGCUCCACAGAACCCAGGUCCCGAGACCUGUCCCCCAUCAGCAAAGGCUUCCACACCAUCCCUUCCACCGACAUCUCCAUGUUCACACUCUCCCGGGACCCCUCAAAGAUCACCAUGGGGACCCUCCUCAACUCCGACCGGGACCACACUUUUCUACAGUUCCACAACUCCACUCCCAAAGAGUACAAAGAAUCGCUGCAUAACAAUCCAGCCAACAGGCGCACCACGCCCGUCUGAACUUGACCUCUGACCUUUACCCCGGGCCCAGCACAACCUUGGGGGAAGUGCACAGAGAGGUCUCUGAGGUUGCAUGGCAUGGUCCUAAGUGAUGGUAUUACUUUUUCUAAAGAAUGAAACCAAAUGGACUCGGCCCUCGCCCUCCCUUUGACCCUGAACCCUCCAAGCCCCAGGCCCUCUGUUCCUCUCUUAUUUUUCAAGCCAGUCCCAUACUGUCCCUCCUCUCUCUGUGUAUCUGUGCCAGAUGUUGCCCUUUUUCCUUCUUUACUGGGAGGACCUCCACGUUUCCCUCCUCUGAAGAGGAUUUGACUGAGAGCAGUUGCUUGCGGGGUGGGGGUGAGGGGAUUUCUGAAUCCCCUUCAGGUGAGUCACACAGUAGCCCCCCAUUGUCCACUCACACAAAUCCUCAGGAAACCGCCACUCAGGUGGCCCUGAGGGAAGCAUUCACUUUGACGUGUUAGGAAAUCGUGACCAGAAAUCAAAGAUACUGGAGCCCCAAAGCAGCUAAUGUAAUAAUAAGCACUCAUGUUAUUAAAGGUUUUGCCUUGUUGUAA